AUGAGUUUCCAAGUGGAUUUGGAAUUGAACUUUGCUGAGUGCAUCAUAAAUGGAGAAAAAGCCACCCUUGGAGUUAGGCAAAGGAUGGAAAUGGACCCUCUACUGCGGACAAAACAGAAUGAAUUCAUCUUGCAAGCAAUAUGUGCUCUGCUGAACUCUGGUGGGGGAGUGAUCGUGGUGGAGAUUGAGAAUGAAGACUACAAUCAUGAGGGUGAUGGACUAGGACUGGAUCUGCCUGCCAUGUUCAGAAACCAUUUAGAUGACAUGCAGCAGGGAAACCGCUUUUUAAUAUUUGUGAAUUCAUGGAAUGCGGAGGUCUCCGGUGUGCGACUUGCUACCCUGUGUUCCAAUUUAUACCUUAGACAUGGAACAUCUACCGGCAUCAUGGAUUCUUUAGAUGCCCUGAGAUUCCUCCAAAGACGGGUUCGGGUUCUUAGGAAGGAUGACUAUCCAAACUCGUUAAGUCCACGGGAAGCUCAGGCUGAAGGUAACAUGAGGGCCUUAGCUGAUGAUUUAUUUGAUAGAGGGAAGCUUCAGUACCUGGAAAAACUCAACUUCUCUGAGUCCCUGCAUGUUGUAUUUCAAAUGUUCUCAGCGGACCUGACCCAGGGUAUUAAAGAGAGCCUCCCCAAGUAUGUUUCUGCACUUGCCAAUACUGAAGGAGGAUAUGUGUUUUUUGGUGUGCAUGAUGAGACCCAUCAAGUCAUUGGAUGCGAAAAAGAGAAAGUAAAUCUCCAUACCUUGCGGGUUUCCAUUGACUGCUGUAUCAGGAAGAUGCCUGUCCAUCACUUCUGUGCACAGAACUAUAGAGUACAAUAUGUCCUCAAAUUCCUUGAAGUAUAUGAUAAGGGCGUCCUCCGUGGAUACGUCUGUGCCAUCAAGGUGGAACAAUUCUGCUGUGCAGCCUUUGCCAAAGCACCCAGUUCUUGGGAGAUGAAAGAGAACCAAAUGAAGUAGCUAGCCACAAAGGACUGGGCAGCUUGGAUGAUGGAAACCGACCCAGAGCUUUCCAGGUGUCCUCAGAUGGUCCUUGCACGGAGUAUGUUAAAGGGCACACCCCGAAGCCGGACUGUGUGCACUCUGACGAACUUGAAGCGUCUGGAAGAAUUGCAGAAGGAUUACUUUCCAGUGUCACCUGGCAGGAUUGUAUACACUCCAGAGAGCGUCUACAAGGAACUCUUCUUACGACAUAAAGGAUUAAGAGACUUAAUAAGUACGGAAACACGCCCUUUCUCCCAAGGGAUAUUGAUUUUCUCCCACAGCUGGGCUGUGGACCUGGGUCUUCAAAGGAAGCAGGGUGUCAUCUGUGAUGCUCUUCUGAUUUCCCAGAACAACAGCCCAAUCCUGUACACUGUUUGCAACAAAUGGGAUCUGGGAUACUGGAACUAUUCUAAGAGAGUUGCCUACUCUUUGAAAGAGAGGCUGGUGAACACAGGUGGCUACACUGGGAGACUAGGCAUUAUUCCCUUGGUCUUCCAACUGAACUCUGAUAAAUCAGUAAAGGCCAUUCAUAGUUCAGAAAUACAAGUGUACCCUGAAUCCUAUAACUUUACAACCAUGGAGCAGAUGGAAGCUCUGUUACAAUCCCUUGUGAUUGUCUUAUUUGGGUUCAGAUCCUUCUUAAAUGAAGAGCUGUACUCAGAUAAUUUGACUCUACUCACAGACCAACAGUACGAAUUGCUUUCAAAGAACCUUCACAAGACCAGAGAGCUGUUUGUUCAUGGCUUGCCUGGAUCAGGAAAGACCAUACUCGCUCUCGGGGUCAUGGAGAAGAUCAGGAAUGUAUUUGACUGUCAAUCAAAUGACAUUCUCUACAUCUGUGAGAACGUGCCUUUGAAGAAAUUUGUGAGUUUCAGCAAGAGAGGCUUCUGCCAGGCAGUGACCCGGAAAGUCUUCCUGAAAAAUACCUUUGAGAAUAUUCAACACAUUGUUGUUGAUGAAGCCCAGAAUUUCCGCACUGAAGAUGGGGACUGGUAUGCGAAGGCAAAAUCCAUUACUCAGAGACGAAGGGAUGGUCCAGGAAUUCUUUGUAUUUUUCUGGACUAUUUUCAGAUCAACCACUUGUGUUGCAGUGGCCUCCCUGAUCUCCAACACCAGGAGCCAAUAAUUAAGCUCACCAGGAUGCUCCACAAUGGAGAAGAAAUAGCCAACUACCUGCAAGGAGUAAUGCAGGUAAUCAGAGAAAAUCCUCCACCUAAUGUCCCUUCCAAGGCCCUGAUGAUAGGCCAAGAGCUGAGAUGGGUUCAAGGUAUCUCAGGCAACUUAGAGAUCACUGAGCACUCGGAUUUGGACAAGUUAGCAAUCUGUGUAGCUGAGAAAUGCCGGUUCCUCUGGGUGUGUGGCUAUUAUCCCAAGGAUGUGGCUGUGCUUUUCAGCAAAGCAAAUGACAUAGAAAAAUAUAAAGACAAGUUUCAACUGGCAAUGAGGAGGAGGAGCACGUCUCAGUGCGAUGGGGAAUCCUACUUGCUAGUGCACAUUGGGGAUGCCCUUGAUGCUGUGGCUAAUGAGAUAGUGUUGGACACUGUCAACAGAUUCUCAGGCCUGGAAAGAAGUAUAGUGUUUGGGGUGAUUCCAAGGGAACCCGAAACAGCCAUUUUCUAUAGUGUUCUGCUCUGUCUGGCUUCCAGGGCAAAAACCCAUCUGUUUAUUCUAAAGGUUUCUCUUUGA